AGGUACCUACCUUCACCGCCUGCACAGACACCCAUAGAGCGCCAUGCCCGAGCCAGUUCUUCGGGGCCCUCCCCGUCCGCGAACUGGUACAGCUAGAGAGCGAGGCUCUCCUCAAAUGCACUCGUGGAGAUGGGCGGCUCUGUUGGUACUGUCGUUGCUGGUAGGACUCUUCGCCGUGGUCAGUCAGAAGCGGCAGCCGAAGCAGCAUAAUCCUGAUCUGGAGCAUCUGAUCCGCUCCCUCGGCGACGAGUAUCUCAUUUGCGCCGACGGCACUUCUCAACCCUCGGGCUCUCGUUGGACUCAGUAUCUUGGCAUAUGGAGGCAUAUGCGACCGUUGCUGUCGCAGAAGCCUAAAGCUUCCCACAUAUACACACUUGCCACCUCCCAGCCAGAAUCUCCCGGAGAGGUAGAGUGCCUCUUCGUCAAAUCGGGUCGAGUGUUGUCCAGCGGCACGCGCCUGGCGCUUGGCCCCCUUUGCGACUCGUUUCAAGGAUGUAUGACCCACGAGGUGCCAUACGGGCACACAUUGCUGCCGGCCUUCACCGAUGCCCACGGACAUUUGCUCGAUCUGGGUCAGUCACUCCUUUCAGUUGACCUCACGGGCGCCGAGUCCCUCAGCGAGUGUCGAGAAAGAUUGGAGUCUUUCCUAGCCUCGCAUCCCGAUCUAGACAAAUCCGCUUGGAUCGAAGGCGGGGGUUGGGAUCAUACUCGCUGGAUAGACUGGCCCAACAAAGCUCGAUUCCCAACGGCGCAGGACAUGAUUGAAAACUCUGUCAGUCUUCGCGAGCGCAAAAUUUCCCUCAAACGCAUAGACUUUCACGCCCUCUGGCUCUCGCCCGCUGCUUUGCAGACCGUCAUGGCUGAUGACAAGAUCCCUCCGGGAGUCGAAGUCAUACCCGGUGGAUCAAUUGUCCUCGAUUCGGAGGGCCGACCGAGCGGAGUCCUGGUAGAUCACGCCAUGAGGUUCGCCCUGGAGGUCAUCCCGCGCUGGACGAACGAAGACCGCAAAAAGUUUCUGAAGCAAGCUGUGGACUUGUUGCUGAGUGAAGGCAUCACUGGUGUCGGUGAUGCAGCCGCAUCCAUUGACGACAUUGUCUUCUACGCUGACACAAUCAGAGCCGGAACGGACCUGGGGGUAAGGACAUAUGCCUUCUUGUCGUGCGAGAGCAGCCAGAUCGUCGACGAUGCAGAAUGUUUUGAGGCUCUAGUCUCCCGUUUGGCUGCUUCUGGCUCUGGUCCUCUGCUUUUGAACGAGGAUGCUGCUUCCGACUUCACCCUGCGAACGGUCAAGCUCUUCGCCGACGGCGCACUCGGCUCGUGGGGAGCAGCCCUCUUCUUACCGUAUUCUGAUCGUCCAACCGAGAGAGGUUCUCUCACUAUGAAUGAGUCAGCGAUACCAGCCAUUGUCAACUACUGGGCCGACAAGGGGUACCAGAUUGCCACGCAUGCGAUCGGUGACAGGGCGAACGCUCUUGUCCUUGACGCAUACGAGGAAGUACUUUUGCGCCUGACAAGUCAAGGAGAGCACGAUCUUCGAGCUCGGAUUGAACACGCACAGAUCUUGAGAUCGCAAGACUUCGCUCGCUUCAAAUCUCCGACUUCUCAGCUGAUGCGGACGCAGGGGCCCCUCUCGAUCAUCGCUUCGAUGCAACCCAGUCAGUAUGCUUCGGAUGAGCACUAUCUCCCUUCCAGAUUGGGCCCAGAUCGACUCGCGAAUGCUUUCCCCUGGAGAUCCCUCCUGGGGUCGGGCUCACAUGUUCUGUUUGGAAGCGAUUUUCCGGUAGAGUCUCCUUCGGUGCUGGCUGGAAUUCGUGCUGCCACCACGCGCACAUCACCGACCGCAGAUGUCGUCCCUGAGACCUUGACAAGACUCGAAGCUCUCAGAGCAUACACAUCGGCCCCUCCAUUCGGACAAUUCCAGGAGAAAGUCCUGGGUAGCUUGGAGUCAGAGAAGUGGGCAGAUUGGAUAUUGACCUUCGGCGACAUUCUCGACGAUAGACAGGAUCUCCAAGACAUCCGCGUCGUAGCGACGGUGAAGAGAGGGAAGCCGGCGUGGCUAGAGGGCAAAGGCAGGCUUUCUUCGGUGUAGAAAUCUAUAAGUGCUUUGGCUGCCCUUCCAAACGUGCAGAAUUUUCUCUUUGAAUUCUCAGUUUCUCCGGUGCCGUCUGAAGGUGAACAAAGAGAUUAGUCAUGCAUCCUGACCGGUGAGAGCGUACCGUGCGCUCGAGCAAAUGCAAUACAUUGUCGGCAGGAUAGAAGUCGCAGCGUUUCUCCAGGCGUCAGACGAGCAGCGUCUCGCGAUUACAAAGUAUAAGACCUGUUGUUCACAGACUGUAGCGAAAGGUUGUGAGCAUACUCGGUGCAGCGUUCCGUGAGCGUUGCGCCAUCGCAAUGACUAGUCUGCGCUGAUGGACAGAGCUCCAGCGUACAGUGCAGCAUGCCUCUUGAGAGUUCACUCACCUCGUCGAGGGCAGAAGGUGUACAGUAG